GUACCGCGCGUCGUAGUAGUUACUUGUACGUGUAUAAGAUGCAGGGUGCUGUUCACGCUGGACAGAAAGCGUUUCGUUGUUAUGGAAUUGUAGCGUGUAUAAUGAGGCCGUUGUUCAACUUUCUUCCGAUUUCCUCCACUUGUAAUUUAUUUUCACAUGAAUGAAAUGUCGAGAGGGGAAAUAUGUGCCAACAUAGAAAGACAGAAGUUAGAGUCUGGAACGUAGUCAUUUCGGUAAGUAGUCGUGAAAUUGUUCUAAGGGUUGAGCAACUUGUAAGGAAACUAUAUGUGAAUCUGAAGUGAAUGAUACCGUCUUGCCAAAAUGGCUGCUAAGAACCUGGACAGCAGUAUGCACGGCCUGUCCAUCGGUGAGGACCCAGCCCUCAUGGCCACGGCCACUGCCAACCGCAUGGCUGCCCAGUUCUUCGAAAAGUUCGAACGCUUCGAACUCCAGGAGGCCCUGGCCCAGUCCUCCUACCACUGGUUCCUGUCGGCCGAGGAGCACAAGCUGCAGGGCGAGGCGCCCUCGGGGGUGAUCAUGUCCAUGCAGCCCUUUGCCGACAACAACUGCGUUCUGCUCUUCCCUUACGACCCGACGGUCGAGCCGCUGGACUACCGUGAGAUCCACCAGAUGCUGCGGGAGCUGGUGGUGGGCAUCUACGGUCUGAAUCAGGUCCCGUCGCUCUCCCUGGAGGCCAACUUUGACCAGGCCACCACCUGCCAGCUGCCCCCGGCCUAUUUGGACACCCACCUGGGCCAGCUCCUCAUCAACGUGGACUACAUGAUGAAGGGGGUGUGGCACGGCGCCUACUUCCCCAGGGACAAGCGGCUCAAGUUCAACGAAAGGUGGCGGUCCAGCCUGGACGUGAACGCCCUGGGGGAGCCGCAGAGCAAGAAGGUCAUCUUGACAGAGUUCACCAUGGCAGGCAUGAUGGAUAUCACCAAGGACCCGGACUUUGCCAACAUCUACGACAACAUGCGGCUCUUCCCCAUGAGCGAGCACGACGCCAUGGCCGACAAGCGCCUCUUCAUGCAGUACGCCGAGGACGUGAGCAUCCAGCUGACCUGGCGGCAGCGCACCAUCCGGCAGUACCAGAACCUCUUCCUGGUGGAUGCCGUCUACGAGGCCAGUGGCCGGGUCCGGCUGGGCGAGGAGCGCCUCUCCCGCGACACCUUCGAGCGGCUGCAGGCCCGGCUGCACGCCCACGUGGACGUGGUGCAGCGCCACCUGGCCGACAAGGCCGAGACGCGCCGGCAGAUGGAGAUGAUCAAGCUGGCCAGCUUUCUAGUGCCGUUCCUGAUUGGGAUGAGACGGCGGAACAAAGUGCCGGACAUCAAGAGACUUCUGACACCACUGACAGCCGACGAGUGCAAGACGGAGCGCGAGCUCCCGCCCCUCAUGCUCUCCCCAACCUUCCGCUGCCCCAACUUCAUCCCCGGCAACAGGUACUUCCACCUGCACGGGGGCAUGACCUUUGACAUCGAGACCGACCCCUGCCAGGCCCCGCCAGGCCCUGUGGUGGAGGUGUACGAGCAGAUCCAGCUGGAGGCCAUGGACCACCUGGCCAAGAUCACCGACCCCAACCAGCCGCUGCACGAGAGCCUGCACGUGCCUGUCAAAGAGAUUGGGGGAAAGAAGUACUAUGUCUUAUCCAUGGACUUUGAGACCUACUAUCCCGUGUCGCCGCCUCAACCCCUCUGGGCUCAUUCCUUCUACGACAAGAUCGCCGAGCUCAAGCCCAAACGCUUGCCACUGACAGACAUACAGAUGCACGAGCAAUGGAAGAGGAAAUAUGGCUACCACCAGGCCAUAAAAUACAAGAAUCUCCAGUCAGGACUGAAGAUGUCCUCGGUCCGGGGCCUGGUCUCCAUCCUGCAGACCCUGGCGCGCAAGUGUCCCCCGUCCCGGCUCAGCAAGCAGGACGAGGACGGCUACACCUGCAUGCACCAGGCCGCUAUGCACAACCGGCCGCUGGUCAUCGAGCUGCUGCUGAUCCAGCGGCAAGACAUCGACGUCCGGAGACACCACCUGACCAACCCCAACGUUCAUAGGGCUCAUAAAACCAAACGAUACCAGGCCGAACCGGAUGUUGGCACCACUCCCUUGCACCUUGCCGCCCGCUGCGGCUCCCUGGAGGCGGCCCUCUGCCUGGUCUCCAACCGGGCCGGGAUGAUCCUGGCUGAUCCCGAGGGCUGGGCGGCCAUCCACCACGCCGCCUUCUACGACCACGCCCCCAUUGUUCGGAUGUUUGUGCGGAAGUUCAUCGACCAGGUGGAGCUGGAGACGUGGGACAAGCUCAGGAGAACCCCGCUCCUACUGGCCGCAAGCUCCGGGGCGCUGGAAUCGGUCAAGAUCCUGAUCGACCUGGGGGCCAACAUCCGCAAGACGGACACGGAGAGGAAUACCAUGAUACACCUGGCCGCGCUGCGAUUCCACACCAACGUGCUGGAGUUCUUCAUCGAGUGGAAUCACCCGGAUGUACCAGUCUGGCAAACACUCAUCAGCAUGUUGAAAUCAAAGAACUUCCAAUACAAAGACAGUGCCGUCAGAUCCCUGGAAGUCCUAACAACAUCAAGCAAGCAGUACUGGAAACCAAUCCUGGAAGCAGAUGGCAUCCCCGCUUUGGUGGAAAUCUUGAAGAUGCCCCAGAGCGAGAUGCAGUCCCUGGGCGCCGCGGUCAUCUGCAACCUCUCCGAGCAGCCCGAGAUCCGCACGGCAGUGGCAUCCGCGCCCGGCGCCAUCCCCACCGUGGUUCGGCUUCUGGGCUCGCCCGAGGAUGACAUCCAGGCCCGGGCGGCCAUCGUGCUGGCCGACCUGGGGGCGGCGGACGACGUCUACCGGACGGCGGUGAGCCACGAGGGGGGCAUCCCACCCCUGGUGGCGCUGCUGGACUCGCAGCUGGAGGAUGUGUUGGUGGAGGCAGUCAAUGCCGUGCGGGUGCUGUGCCUUGGCCACCGGGGGAACCAGAGCCUAGUGGCCCAGCACGGUGGGAUAGAACCCCUGGUGGAGUUCCUACAGGUCAAAUCAGACGUCCUGCGAGCGGCCAGUUCCGCGGCCCUCGCCGCCCUGACCUACCACCACCAGGAGAACCAGGACCUGGUGGUGGAGCGCAACGCUGUCCAGCCCCUGGUCUCCCUCAUCCGGGGCCGCAACAUCUCUGUGCAGACCAAGGCCGCGGCCGCCUUAGAAUCGCUGGCCGAGAACAACCCCAAGUGCCAGAAGGCCAUCUUGGAUCUGCAGGCGCCUAGCGCCCUCAUACGACUCCUCAAGAUCUGGGCCCUGGACGUGAAGGAGCAGGCGGCCUGUAGCCUGUGGGCCCUGGCGGGCCACACCAGGCCCCAGCAGAAGAUGAUCGCCGAGUUCAUAGGCAUCAGCGGCAUCAUCGAUCUCAUCGUCAAGUCGGAGAAGUUGCAGCACGUAGGUUGCAUGGCGAUGAUCGCGCUCACCAGGGCCAGCUCGGACAACCAGAACCGCAUUGAGCAGGAAAACGGCAUCCUGCCUGUGGUGAGAAUCCUGCGCUCCAGCAAGACCUCGGAGAGGGUCCUACACAUGGUCAUCAAGGCUCUGGGGACAUUGUGUGUGGGUGUGGCCAACAUCAACAAUCCCGUCACCCAGCGGAAGAUUGCGGAGGAGAACGCCAUCUCCACCCUGGUCAGCCUCUUCGUCUCCACCAGCCACGACUACAUCCGUGUGGAGAUUGCCAACACCUUGGCCUGCAUCAUCCUGGGCAGCAAGGAGAACCAGGCCCUCCUCAAGGAGGAGCCCCAGUUUGAGAUGCAGAUGCUCCUGAACCUCCUGCACUCCAAGAAGAAGGACAUUCGGUUGCAAGCCGGCAACGCCCUGGCCACAUUUGCCUUCAACAACACCAACCAGCAGGUAGCAAUCAGGGAGGCGGGGGGCCUGAAGAUGGCCACAUUCCAACGGUUCCUGGACUCGGAGGACGAGACCUACCAGGCCUACGGCGCCUUCCAGAUUGUUGUCCUUGCGAGAGUGAUAGUAGACAGCGACCAGGUCACCUUGUCUGCCGAGGGUGUCACUAGGCUUGUCAGGUUGCUCCAGUCACCAGACGAUGAUACCGUCAUACUGUCAGGCACCUUGAUGGCCAGCCUGGCCCACACCCGUGCAGGCAUCACCGACGCCAUGAUCACGUCGGGGAGCGUCGAGAUUCUCAUCAAGCAUCUCUUCUCCCCGAAUGCCGAAGUUCGAUGUGCCGCGGCUGUUGCCCUGGGCUACCUCACAUUCAAUCGCAAGGCUACGCGACUAUUGCUGGUGGCGACGCGCAACACGCCCGGCUUGUACAAACGGCUGAUGGGCAACCUAGACAAAGACGGCAAGAUAUCGCGCGACUUCACCGAGGAGUUCCGCCGGGCCCAGGUGGUGGGGUUGCCAGCACUGAGUUUGGAGAUCCAUGGAGGUCCACCAGUUGUCCCUCCCCCAAGACCGAGAGAAAAAAGACGGCCUCGCACCACCAUGGGCUUCAACUGUCGACUGCCAACCGACCAGCAGGGAAAGAGCCCCGCCCAGGGCCUGCCUGUGAGCCGGGCGGUGUCGGCACCGGCUGCCACCCAGCGACGCAUGGCCAAGUCGGCCGAGGCAGUUGAGGGUGAUGCUGGGGUGCGAGUCAUCAAGCGGCGGGAGGUGGGGCCCCGGGGGGAUGCCCGAAGGGUGGUGCUGCGGAAACCCACCGACGACGGGAAGAUCGCCUGGUCUGGCUGAGGUUGGGUGCUGGGGGUGGGCAAAAGAUCUUCGCUAUUAACCACAGCAGAGAAAAUUUGGCCGUCAAUAAGCACAUUUCGGGUUAACAAGGGAACCAGGGUUAUGCACAUGCGUAAAUCCCAUAACAGACAAAUCUGUGCUUACUCCGUAAGCGUGAAAUGUUUGUGCUAGAGCUUUAAGCACAGAAUGUUGAUCUGAGCACAGAAUUCUGUGGUUAACAAAGCCACAAAAUUAGGUCCACCAGGGCGAUAAUCCAGUCCACCACCUGUCCGAUCAAGCGUCCAUUCACAAGUAGGAAAUUGAAGGAAGUCUCAAGAAGGCUGUUUGCCACAGUUUACUUGAAAAGCUCAUGACUUGACACAAGACCGACUGACUUGUGAUGGACCCGACCGGAGCCCCAGAGGCGACUGGUGAAAGGUUCAAACACAUCUAGUCAAGGUCAUGGUUAACACAGCAGUCAACAUGCACACCGUUUAUAGUUGCCGAGAAAAAUUUGGGCUGCAUAUGAAAUAUUUGGAUGCUUUGAGCGAGACACGUCUGUGUCUUGUCAGGUUUUCCGCGUGAAGGAUACAGGGCACCGUGCAGCCGGAAGCUGCGGCUGGGAAUAAUGCACGUGUCUGUUGGUGGCUACCAGCGGUUAACCACCGUCUUCCACAGGCCCAUGUGGUAUUUCCGACCUAGCCCCAACUCUGCAGGGAUAGUCACAGAACCCCAGUUCUGUUGCUUCAUGUACACUGUGAAUGCAGUGUCAUUUCCAGUCGAAAACCACAAACUAAAACUGUUCAUGCAAAUGAGUUGUUAUCAAUACAUGUACAGUAUUUAAAACACAGUGCACGUUAGCUCACUGGAGCCUCCGCCAUACAUGGGUAGAUAUAGUAAGAGAGUCUAUUUUACCAAGUAUUUUAAUAUUUUUUGUAUAAAUUCAGGAAUCUGUAGAAAUCUACAUUGACUGUGGUUUGUGUGUGAUAAAUGGCCAACUGAUCAAGUGUAUAUAUUUAAGAAUAAUGAAACCAUAUCUGAUCAAAAUACAUUUUUAAUGAUCUUUUGGGAAGUUUUAUAAACUUUGCAUUGAUUUUACAUAAUCUUGGUCAAAUUUGUGUGUAUUUGGGUUCUACU